AUGGCGGAGCCACAUUUCUUUGGCGACGCGGACGUGACGCCCUUGGCCGCCGCGGCCUUGGCUGUCUGGCUGCUGAUCUUCCUGUGGCGAAGUUGGAAGCUGCUGAGGCCUGCAAGCGCAUGCAGUGAUGGCUUGGAGUAUGCCUUGGCCUUACGCUCGGCAGCGGUCUACGUCCUGGGAAUCUGCUCCGUUCCGCUGUUGUUUCCAUGUCGAAGCGCGCCAGAGGAGCCUGUGAGUAGCUGGGCGACUUGCUCAAAAAGUCCAUAUAGCUUCAUUCCAACGAAUUUGAUGCGUAUCUUCCACAUCCUGCCCUUUUGGUAUGCAUUUCUGGUGACGCCAUAUCUGGGCGGCUUGGUGAAAUCGAUUUGCGAUGCCAUUCUUGGCGUCUCUUUAGGCCUUGUUGCGGUGAGUUUUUUGAACCUGAUGCUCCCUGGUGGAGCAGCUGGGCCUGAAUAUCUGACUUCAGACUACUUCGAGCGAGCCUGGUUGCCGUUUAGAUAUAGCACGCCUGCUGCCUUUUUACUGGCCUUGUGUCUUACGUAUGGCCUCUUCGUAAGCAACUUGAGCGUUGCCAAGAAGCAGUAUGCCAUGUGCAUCUAUUCUGAGUUGCUGGUGCCCUUUAUGAGUCCACAUACCCGAACGGGCUUCCGUGCCGUGUGCUGGGACUGGGAUUUCCAGUGGAAUUGGAACGGCUCCGCCAUGUGCGGAUUUUGGUUGGUCUCCCUAGCAGUGCUGCUCUCCAUCAUUACUUUGGGGAUGCUCCCGACCCGCCGUUCCAUCGAGACGCACACGGCCAAAUGGGCCUCUGCAUUAGCCCUUGCCCAGCUGGCAGAGGAUACUGCGGGAUGUUUGGAGUACUUGAUGACCAUCUUGCAGCAGGAAGCCUGGAAAUUCCAAUUUCACGCGGACAGCUCCAACUUUUACAUCAAGCAUUUGGGUCUGCGGCGGACACGGGCAGAAGCCAUUCUGGCUCUGACUCCCUGGGAACCCAAAGAGUCCAAGAAUCUGACAAAGGUGGCGAGUUUUUUGAGGCAGCUCAGACAGUUGCUUCGCAUCCAGAGUGAGCAGAUGCGAUACUUCGGACAGUCCAUGCCCAAGGGGAAGCAGUUGAAAUUGGAAGAUUUUCUCCUCGCUUGCAAUGAUGGCCUGUCUCUGGUCGCCCGUGACUGUCGCUCCAACGCAGACUUGACGGAGGAGACGUGUGAAGAGCUGAAGCGCAUCGCAGAGAAAGCGGAUGAGAUUUUGAUCCAGACAUUGCGGGACAUCGAGGACGAUCAGAUGGCCUCCAUUCAGAUGGCCUUCGUCGACAAGCUCCGCUCCUGGCCUGCGGCCUUCCGCGCCCUGGGCGGCGUCACAUCGGGCGCUUCGUCCGAAAGCAACGAGACGUGGAGCAACCGGAACUGGUUUGCUCUCAGAAAUACAACGUCUUGGUUGUUGGCCCUUCUAUGGUCAUUGUAUUUUCGAAACUACAGCUGCGGAUGUGUGGUUGCGACCUCUCUGAUUUUCUCCCAAACCUCCGGAUCCUCCUUCGAAGUCAACAUCAACAGAUUGCUGGGCAUUUGCAUGGGAUUGGCUGUGGGCAACAUUCCCGCCUUGUUGAUCUUCAGCAGUACUGAUCCUGCUGCAGACCUUACAUCAGUGAACUAUUUGCUGCGCGUGUUUAUGUACUUUGUGGUGAUGUUCACUACUUGGACGUUGGCGAUCUUUGGCUAUUUGGCAACGGACUCGAAAUACUUCCGCGCGUGCCUCAUGUGGGCUGCAUUAUCUGGAACAGAGAUGUUCCGCCACUUGCCGCGUGUCGGCAUGUUGGAUGUGCAGCUCUUUACGGCGAUCCUGGACAACGUCUUGGCCGUCAUGGUGGUGUUUAUGGUGGACAUGGUGUUCGCCUACAUGCAGGGCAACGAUGCUUCGGAGCAGGUGAAGGCUGCGGUGACCCGUUGUAUUCAGCGGAUCGCAACACAGCUGGAUACCCUGAAGGUGCAGGGCAUCAGGGAGCUGCAACUGGACACCUUGCAGCGGGACAUCAAGGACGCUCGCUUCUGGGACUCUGAGAUCCAGAAGGAAGGCUUGGUGUGGACGAGACUCUGGAAGAAUGCCUACAAGGCCGAAUCGGUGCCCGCACUGCUGGAUCACUUUGACGAGGUCUACGUCUGGCUGAAUGCUGUGCAGAACAGUGGCAGUCGCUGUGACCCGGAGUUGGCUGCAAAGAUUGUGCGGGAUCUGCCCAAGAGCGUGGUUGAAAGAUGCCACACCUUCGUCCGAGCCAUCAAGCUGGUGCUGCAGGGCUUGGAUGACUCCCUGCAUCGCGAACUUCACCAUCUGUUGGAGGGCUCCAAGAGGGACUCUCCGGAAAUGGGGAUCUCAUCCCAAAGUAUUUGUAACAUGCUUCAAGGGGAUGCUGCAGAAGGCACAGCUUCGGACAUGGAAAGCUCUCCAGCUGAAUCCCACCCUGAUGAUGUGGCGCAGCGUGCUGCGGCGCACGCCGUACACCUCAGUGUGAAAGCGCUGAGGAUGACGUUGCAAAAGAUUGGAGGUUUGCUUGCUGCUGGUUCUGCCUUGGCUGCCAAAGACUGGGGAGUGGAAGCCAGACGUCGAAAUGCCAAGGGCGAACAAAGUUUCACCAUGGAUGACUUCAUGGUGCCCAAGAGCAAGAGUGGCGACCUUCGUCGGCGCUUGCGGAGCAGUGUGAAGGCUUUGGUACUGGCACUGGAACAAAGGCGAUUCAAGGCGGGCAGAAGACCAGCCAAGAAAAGAGGUCAGAAAGAGUCGCCACAAAAGCAGGAAACGGAUCCACAGGUCAACGUCACCUUGAAGGAUCUCCGCGUCGAGGCCAAAGAGUUGAGACGCGCCCAUCGCGCGGUGUCCGCCUCUGAAACCAAGUCUUUGGGAGGCUUUUGGCACACCCCAUCCCCCUGCCGGCAGCGGGAGUUCGUUUGUCCGGUUUGUGGCUCUGGAGGAGGUGUCAGCUUGACGCCAUUGGAUGUGAGUCAUCAGUCAGCUGAUUUCGAGCGUUUGGAACUGGAAAAGGCAAUUCUGGAGAAGAAGGCGAUUGGUUUGCAAUGGAAACUUCGAUCGCAUGACCAGGACAUUCUCGAUCUACAGGCCGAUUUGAAGGGAGCAUAUGGUCUUUGCCAAGAACUGCAUGGUCAGCUGAAGAAGCAGACUGAUGAAUUCCAAAGUUUCAUGGUUGGCGUUCGCGCAAGCAUAGGACACUGGACCGCUCACCAGCAUCAACUGAAGGAGGAGAUGGAUGAGUUGGCAGAUCAGUGUGCACCAGGCCAUGCCGAAGUGGUCAAGUUGGCUGAGGAGCUUCAGCUGGCAAGACAAAAGCUACAGGCUUCGCAAAGGCGAAAGAGUCGCCGUGAAAGCACAAAGCAACACCAGGCAACCAUCCAGGCGUUGCAGCUUCGCAUCCGUGAGUUGGGGCACGAGGAUGCGCCACCCAGCGAAGUUUUGCAGCUGAAGAAAGAGUUGCUGGAGGCUGAAGAUCAGAACCGAGAGCUAGCUGAAGCUCUGGAAGCUCACGAGGUGCCUGACAUGGAGUCUGGCUGCUACGCUGAAGAAAGCCUGUUCCAUGGUUAAAAAUGCUAGGUGACACAAUGUCUGACACAAGGCAACUAGCUGAAAUUAAUUGAAAUUAGCUGCAUGAUUCAAAAGCUGGAUAGAAUUGUUUCAUACUCAAAGAGGCC